AUGGUGACGAUGCCGAACCCAGUUGCGAUAAGCGGUGGCGCCACCAAAAACACGGCGGCAACAAGAAUUGUUCCUGCCGGCGAUUUCAGCGGCAGCGGUGGUGUUGGGUUGGUGAUAGAAUGCUCGUCGAGGCCACAGAAGAAGGCAACAGCACAUCACAAGAAGACUCGCCCGCGUAAGUCUCAACCGUGGGACAUCCGCCGACGUGGGCCCACUGUUUACCCGCCUCUCCCUCCUCUGCCGCCGGAGUGGACGUUUGUCAGUGAGACCACGGCUGAUGGUCAGUCUACCGCUCCUACUCCUCCUCAGCCAGCUGAGUCCUGA